CUCCCUCCUCCUCUCACACACUCUCAGCCGUCGAUCCGGCUCGGGAACCAGAGCAUCAGCGGAGAUAGCAGGAGAACAGUCGCCUCCUAACUCGCUCUCGGCUUUGGUUCGGCAUGGAAACGUCUUCGGUUACGCGGAGCUCCUUUACGCACAGCUUCAAGAGUGCUCUUGCACUCUGGCUGGUUGUCUGGCUGCUGGUGGUGAAGCCCGCGCCUGCGCAGGCCUGUCCUCACCUGUGCGUGUGUUACCCGUCUCCCAUGACUGUGAGCUGCCAGGCGCAGAACUUCAGCUCCGUGCCCACCGGCGUGCCCUAUGACUCCCAGCGUGUCUUUCUGCAGAACAACCGCAUUACCGAACUGAGAGUGGGAUCUUUUGGCUUUGGGACUCAGGUCCUGUGGCUCUUUUCAAACAACAUUACCUGGAUUGAGGCUGGUGCCUUCAGUGAGCUUCGUGACCUGGAGGAGCUGGACCUGGGCGACAACCCUCACCUGCGCCGCCUGGAGGGCGGAGCUUUCCGCGGCCUGGAGAAGCUGCAGAGCCUCCACAUGCACCGCUGCCGCCUGGCUGCCCUCCCCCAUGACAUCUUCCACAAGCUCUACAGCCUGCAGUUCCUCUACCUGCAGGAGAACCAGCUCCACUUCCUCCAGGACGACCUGUUCGCUGAUCUCAUCAACCUCAGCCAGCUCUUCCUGCACGGCAACCGCAUCCGCACACUGUCCGAGAACGUGUUCCGUGGCCUGGUCAACCUGGACCGCCUGCUGGUCCACGACAACCGCAUCCGGCAAGUCAACCGCCGCGCUUUCCGUGACCUGGGCCGCCUCACCAUGCUCUUCCUCUUCAACAACUCGCUGGCCGAGCUGCCCGGCCAGGCCAUGCGUGAUAUUGAGUCCAUCCAGUUCCUGCGCCUCAACAACAACCCCUGGGCGUGCGGCUGCGAAGCUCGCCCUCUCUGGGAGUUCUUCAGGUCCAACCGGGUCUCCAGCUCCGAGCUGCUGUGCGCCUCUCCCGCUCCCCGACGUGGCCUGGACCUGCGCUUCCUGCGCGAGAUGGACUUCGCCCUGUGCCCCCUGCCAGACCCUGGCUCCCUGGCUGGAACCACCACCACCACCUUCAGCACCAAGACCCGCUGGUGGUUCUCCAAGCACAAGCCCGUCAGCUCCACCAAGGGCGUCUUUGAGAAGAACACAGAAACCGUGAAGGCUCACCCCUAUUCCGGCAAGCCGUCCAUCACCUCCACGUCUACGAAGUAUGAGUUGGGUGAAGAAGAGGCGCUGCUUCCCAAGCUGGACCCAGAAGAGUACUGGGCCAACUACGGCAACGAGGAUGCAGGCAUCACCUCCCUACGCUGCUUCGAGCUGGAAUGCCCCCCUGAUUUCGACACCCUUCCACCCUUCUCUUCGUCCUCUCACUCCUCUCCUUCUAGUCUCUUGCUAGUUACCAUGUCCAUUCUGACUGUCUGUGUCGUUCUCCUCUUUGGCUGAAUAUUCGUGUUUUGUGAGGGACCUUCAUCCCUCCUUUCUUCUUUCCCUCUAUGGAGGAGAGAAAAUCCCGUUUACUCAACCGAACUCUCACAUACCUGAUUCCUGUUUGACUUCCGCCUCACCUGUAUCUCUGUUCUGUUCAGUUUGAGCCUCUAGUACCUCCACGCAGCUAGAGGGCGCUACACUGAUUUAGGAUACAGUAGGGGAAGCAGGGAAUAUAGGGCAGGUACUGCAGUGCAGGCCAUUAUCACAAUGGAAGUGAAUGAUAGCUAAUACCAGAGGGCUUGGUUAGUCAACAGGUACACUGUCCUCCUUCCUUGUGGAAAUGUUUACUUAGUCAUAUAUAACACAGUCCGUAUGGACUGAGGAUAUAUGGUUCCAUCCUAGAUUUAUGUACAACAUUUGUAUACUUCUGCCUUUUUGGGCUAUUAUUAGUGCUACUUUGGCUAUUGUAACUGCUGCUUGUGUUGGUCUCAUGACUAGAACUGUCUUUAUAACCACAGCUAAUUAUACUGUUAUUCCAAGUGUGGUUUCAGUGCUGCUACUAGCACUGUUCAUAGUAAUCCUGUUAAACAGACAUGACCUCUAACACAAUAAUCUCACCACCCAUGACAGCUUACAGUUUACAUUACAAUUUGGACCAGUGGAUUGAGUGUCCAGCAUCAUUCAUUAUAUAGCACAUAUCAGAUAAGAUCAUGUGGUUCAGGGCAACAGACAGAUGGAAUGUGAAAGCAGAGAGCAAAACUGUGACAAGUGACAGAGAAACACUGGUCCAUGGAAGAAUGAAUAGAAUGAAAAAGUGGAGAGUGAAGGAGGUGAGAGAGAGAGAGAUAGGAGCGAGAGAGAGAGAGAGAGAGCGAGAGAGAGAGAGAGAGAGAGAAGUACAAGACACAGAACGAGACAGCACUCCCAAGACAGAGAAAUAGAGGAAAAUGUGUCUUUUUUGUGUUCUCAUUCUGUCACCUACCAGCAAUGACAUCAUCACUCACCUCUUGUAAAUACACCAUGGCAUCAUCGAGAGGAGAGCUGUACAUAGAGCGAAGAAAAGCCUUCAUGUUUAGUAUAUUCUGUGUUCUGAUUGGUCACAAAUGUUCCUGUCAGUGAUGUCGUUUGUGUUGUCAGAGAAUAGCAAGGUCAACCUUAUAGCAGGGGAAAGUAUGUGAAUGAAAUUGAUGUCUUUUAUGUUAGACUUUGUCAUGAGCAUGUUUCACUUCUAUCUAAAUUUUAAAACAGAUCUACUUUAUAUAACAAAGAACAAUUCUGUUUUUUCUUUCUUUUUUUCAAAUAUAAACAAAUGUAUUUACCAACUUGCUCACUGUGAGACUCUCUUUUAAAGCUGUUUUACCUCUUAAAGCUUGAAAACCCAACUCAAACUUAUUUCAACAUUACCUUGGAGCAUCAUACCAAGACAACAACAACCACACCAGUUAACUCGGAGACUGAGCCAUCCAGUCACUGGAUGAGAAAUCUAAACUUGGAGUGGUUUGGAAGACAAGGCAAUAAGGGAAAGCAAAUGAGAACACUUCUAAAAAAAGAAGGCAAUAGGGUUUUGACUUGGACUGACUGUGUGAGACCAAAUAUGUACAUUCCAGCAAAGUUGGAAUUGGAAAAUGGACACCAGUAUUGAUGGACUGACUGAGCAAUCACGUAACUGGACUGACUUUAGUAGGAGGAGAGAUGACUAAUGAACUGACUAAUGAAUUGACCUAUAACACAUGGUAUGACAAAGGGCACUGGUAUGACUAACUUCUAGCUAACAGUGCUGAAUUGUGUUACAGUAUGCUGUGUAGAUCUUAGAUUUGUGGACAGUGUUAGCAAUGUCUGUUAAGGCAGCAAGAGAUGAGAUAUUAGAUAGGAGUGCAAAAAAGCAAUCUUUUGCUCUCUCUGCUUCACUUGUCCAUUCUUAUCUAGCUAGUUAGCUAUCCUAUUUUCAUUCUGUUUCAAUAGGCUCUUGUAGAAGUAAGUGUUCGCCUCCUCCUGUCUUCUUCUCCCCUUCCAGCCUUUUUUCUCUGGAAUAGAUUUGCAUCAGCUUUGCUGAUGGCUCUCUGUCCCUCAUUCUCUUGCUCUCUGCAUGAGAAGGAGUAACGAGAGACUGGAGUACAAUAAAGAAUGAAAGACAGGAAGAGAAGGGGCUGCUAGUAGUGAAGUAGCACAAAAAAGAAAUAGUAAAGGUGGAAAGGGCAAGGACAGAGAGAGAGAAAGAGAGAGAGAGAGGGAUAGUGGGAACGAAAGGCAGGGGCGGAUGGGUGGAUGUGGGUGGCAGAGAGAGAGAUCAGAGAUAAAAGAGAGAAGUGCUCAAGGGAGAACAGAAAGAUGGACUCAGAUUGAGAAAAGUCCAUUUCCUGCAGCCUCUUAUGCUGAAAAUGAAAGUGAAGGGCUGAAGGAGAGAGCAAACAAGAAAAUGGAGUAGGAGAGAAGAGAUUUUUUUUUUAAUUUCUGAUGGUAAGAGCCUCAAAUAGACCUAUCAAAUGCAGCUGGAUUAUUGUCAUUUCAUUGCAGUUUAUUUACUUUAAUUUGAUUAUUGUUCAUUUAAGCAAUAUCUGUACUUUGGAAGCAAAUUCUAUCUUUUGUUACUGAAGGUAUGAAUGUUGCCAUGACAAAGUUUGUCCCGGUGUUGUAUGUUUUAUGGUGUGUGUGUGUGAUGCAAAUGGCAGCCAAAAGGGGUAAGGUCAAACUGCAAAAAGGUGCUCUCAAGUGACCAUAUUUGUGAGGUCACUCACAGAUGACCAAAGCUUAGUUAUACCUGUUUACCCAAUCUGUAUGUUGUCGUAUGUUGUAAACACCCUUGUGGAGCAAAGAAUGUAAAUGUGUGAAGAAUGAGUUGUCAAAUGUGCUGUCAUUUCAGCAAAGAGAGAAAUAAAUGGGUAUCAGUGCUUUUCAAUAA